GUUCACGGGCCGUUCCCCGUCCAGAGAGUCCUCCCCGCCAGUGUGGGGAGCGGUCCACCGAAGACCCCGGCCAGCCUGAUCGCUCAGGGGAUCCCCGCACCCUCAGCAGACCGGAAUCCGGGACCUCGCUGAGCUGCGCCCCGCCCACCCGCCCCAGGGUUUGCGCCCACGGAGGUGACUCAGCUGUGGCCCUGCCCAGGAGGAACUCACAGUCUAGUGCAGUGGACCGUGCUCAGCAGAUGUGUCCAGCCCAGUGAGAGGGUGAGGCCCCUGAAAGCUGCAGAGGUCGUCGCGGCCUGGCCUCCGCUCAGGACCACCCUGGAUUCACCCGGAGCCCCUGCUCCUUCUACCUCCCCUGUCCCACCCCCAAAGCUGUUUGGCCAUGCCAGGGGUGCUAGAACGUAAGUGACAGUGACAUUGCGAUGUUUUGAGAAUUGGUUUAAGAUGCGGGUGCCCAAGGUCCCCAAAUGUCCUACGUCUGGGCCUGGAGUCUACGCCUAACCAGCACCCUAGGAGAUCCUGACACCCUGAUCCUUCACUUUGAGAAACUCUGGGAUGGCAGAGCAAGGGUCCCCACAGGCUGUAGGAGGCUCCUGUGCUGGACAUGCCUGUGCCUGCAGAGGGCACCCCGCCGCCCCUGAGUGGCACCCCGGUCCCGGUCCCAGCCUACUUCCGGCACGCAGAACCUGGCUUCUCCCUCAAGAAGCCCGGGGGGCUCAGUCGGAGCCUCCCACCCCGGCCCCCUGCCAAGGGCAGCAUCCCCAUCAGCCGCCUCUUCCCUCUUCGGACCCCGGGCUGGCACCAGCCUCAGCCCCGGCGAGUGUCGUUCCGAGGCAAAGCCUCUGAGCUCCUGCAGAGCCCUGGGUACGACCCGAAUCGGCCGGAGUCCUUCUUCCAGCAGAGUUUCCACAGGCUUGGCCGCCUAGGCCACGGCUCCUAUGGAGAAGUCUUCAAGGUGCGCUCCAAGGAAGAUGGCCGGCUCUACGCGGUGAAGCGCUCCAUGUCCCCAUUCCGGGGCCCCAAGGACCGGGCCCGCAAGCUGGCCGAGGUCUGCGGCCACGAGAAGGUGGGGCAGCACCCGCGCUGCGUGCGGCUGGAACAGGCCUGGGAGGAGGGCGGCAUCCUGUACCUGCAGACGGAGCUGUGUGGGCCCAGCCUGCAGCAGCACUGCGAGGCCUGGGGUGCCAGCCUGCCCGAGGCCCAGGUCUGGGGCUACCUGAGGGAUGCCCUGCUGGCCCUGGCCCACCUGCAUGGCCAAGGCCUGGUCCACCUUGACGUCAAGCCUGCCAACAUCUUCCUGGGGCCCCGGGGCCGCUGCAAGCUGGGUGACUUUGGGUUGCUGGUGGAGCUGGGUGCAUCUGGAGCCAGCGAGGCCCAGGAGGGAGACCCGCGCUACAUGGCCCCCGAGCUGCUGCAAGGCUCUUACGGGACAGCGGCCGACGUAUUCAGUCUGGGCCUCACCAUCUUGGAAGUGGCGUGCAACAUGGAGCUGCCCCAUGGUGGGGAGGGCUGGCAGCAGCUGCGCCAGGGCUACCUGCCCCCCGAAUUCACUGCUGGCCUGUCUUCUGAGCUGCGGUCUGUCCUCGUCAUGAUGCUGGAACCUGACCCCAAGCUGCGGGCCACAGCCGAGGCCCUGCUGGCCCUGCCCAUGCUCCGGCAGCCACGGCCUUGGAGCGUCCUGUGGUACAUGGCCGCUGAAGCCCUCAGCCGAGGGUGGGCCCUGUGGCAGGCCCUGCUCGCCCUGCUCUGCUGGCUCUGGCACGGGCUGGCUCACCCCGCCAGCUGGCUGCAGCCUCUAGGUCCGCCGGCCACCCCGCCUGGCUCGCCGCCCUGCAGCCUCCUCCUGGACAGCAGCCUCUCCAGCAACUGGGAUGACGACAGCAUAGGGCCCUCGCUCUCGCCGGAGGCCAUCCUGGCCCGGGCCACUGGAAGCACGUCCACCCCCCACGGUGGCUCUCCUGCCCCCCGGAGCAGGGAUGCUCUGGACCUAAGUGACAUUGACUCAGAGCCACCUCGGGGCACCUUCCCCGCCUUUGAGCCUCGGAACCUCCUCAGCCUGUUUGAGGACUCACUGGGCCCCAGCUGAGCCCAGAGGCCCAGGCUGGGCACUUUUAACCUUUUAGCCCCUCCCCUCCAUCCUCCUGGAGCCUGGGGUCCCUCUGGGAACUCCAGGGGUCCCUUCUAUCUGGCCACAUCUAAUAAAAUGUAUCUGAAUCUCG